AUGAUUCCAACGACGGCCCUCGUCAACUCGCUGCCACGCAAUAUCCUUGGCAAGAAACAAACUCGGGCCGGUACACCUAAGAGUCGGGGCGGUUGCAUAUCGUGCAAACUCCUGCACCGAAAAUGCAACGAAGUGAAGCCGAUAUGCAACCAAUGCCGGAAGUCAGAUCGAAUCUGCAACUAUGGUCUACCCAAGGAGAAACAACGUAGCGGCGGUAUUAUAUCGCAGAGAAGACUGGUUCUCCCCAAACCGGAGACACUUGAUGUAGUCGCCGCAAGAGCUCUCAAUUUUCGGCCAAGAGCGAGCCACCUGGAAGCAGAUGAGGUUCCAUAUUUUGACAUGUUCAGAGCGCAGAUGCUACAAGACUUUACAUACACUCCAUGCACUCUAUUCUGGAAUCGUAUAAUUCCCAGAGAAUCCAUGGGAGACGAGUGUGUGAGAUGGUCUAUUUUAAGCAUUGGGUCUUUAAUGCUGGCAUUGCGCUCCCCAAGCCCCGAUUCCAUGGUUAAGCUGCUUGAGGGGCGCGGGGAUACCAUGUAUCAGACUGCUCUGACGUACCAUGCCAAAGCCACCGCAGCGCUCCACAUACGGAUGUUAAAAGAAUUUCACACAAUUUCACGCCGGAACGUGUUGAUCAACAUGUUUUUGUUAUUUCUUUUUGAGGUUUUAGUCGGAAAAACCAAGGCUGCCGACCAGCUGCUGACGAGCAGCGUGGAGCUAUUGAAGCAAAAGCAAGACCAACUUGUGGAUGAGAUAAAUUCGCAACACCACACCCAGGGUCUUCACAAUUAUCUUGCUCCAUCUAAUGAUGAUGGAUUGGACCAAGCUGAGCGGAUUUUACCCCGGUUUCAAAUUUUUCUUAGUCUAAAUACCCCAUUUUUUCCAUUACAGAAAGCUUGCUGGUCUAGGUUACCAUCGCGGCCAAUCCCUGGCAAAAUGCCUACUGUUGAUACUGGUUUCGAAGAAUUCGGAGCUAUGUGGAAUAGUUUCAUCACACGGGCUGUUAUAUUCGUUGUCAAAACGAUGCUGGAAUAUCAACCUACUGGACACACUAACAGGCUCAAGCCACUCAUAGCGCAUCGGAUUCUCUUUCUUCAACAACUGCAGAAUUGGGAAGCGGCAAUUUUGAUGAGAUUUGGGGCAGAGAAAAAUCCCAUCAGGUCCCAUAUUUUAAACAUAUAUCAUAUGGGUCAAAAGGUUGUAUUCAUCCUCAUGAGCUGCUGCUUCGACUCGACAGAGAUGUUAUAUGAUCAGUUCAACUCCAUGUUCCGAGACAUUGUCUCCAUGACCCGCUCCUCUGGAGGCGCAUCGAGGCACUUCUCACAAAUUGAAACUGCUCUCGACAUCUAUACCCUUCCAGUCUUAAAUUUCGUUUCACAAAAAUGCAGGGACAAAACCAUACGCUCAGAAGCACUAGACACCUUCGAUAAAAUGACACUAUUAACUUUUAAUUGGGACACUAAAGCUGGCUCGCUUGCGAGACGCCAGCUUAUGGCUCUAGAAGAAGAGAGUCGAGAUGCCUCGGGUUAUAUUCCUCCCAGUGGUAGAUAUGUGUGGACUGGCGCGACUUGGAAUGAGAAUUAUUCGGAGCUGGGCAUUUUGUUCACUAGUGUUGCCUUGGAUGAUUACGGGACACGAAAAGAAAGACGUGUAACUAUAUCUCGCUCAGAUUUUGAAACGUAG